AUCUUGUUCCUGUCUGAUUGUUUCCUGUCUGGUAGAUAGUUUCCUGUAUUCUCAGACGUGAUGCAGGCUGUGUCCUGGCAUUAGUUUUGCUGUGUGUUCGUGGCACGUGUGAUGUAGCAAACACCCUCCACCAUUAUUCCUUCCUCCGUAUCGUUAUUCCGACGUGGAUAUUCGCAAAAGCCCCUCGCUGCUGUUGAUCACCAUGGCUUCGACACGGAUCUCCGGAUCGACACUGUCGCUCCACGGAGCCCCGAACAAGACGGGAGACAAACAACACGAACCCAGCCUGUUGAGGACGGCUAUCGUGGUCAGACUGAACGAUCAAGUCAUACGUGACUUGCAACAAUGUGCCCAAGGAGGCAAGGCGGUACAAUUGUUGGGCGGAAAGACACCGAAAAUCCGUUAUGGUGCAAAGCUGUUGGACUUGAAUGUCAGGCCAGAGACAUUUCGUCGCGAAAUCUAUUCUGCAGACGAUUCCGCCGACCGACUCGGCUUUUCUGCCUUUGUGUCACAUCAUGCAGAACCCCGAGUACUUGUCGAGAAGAAGGUGCAAGAAGAUGGUGGUGUCGCGGACGCUGCCGUGGAAAACCUGAGGCAGUCGCUAGCAUCCAUGGCGAAGCAGAAGGAAGAACGAAAGACGACGAUAACGAACCCGGUGGCUGCUGGUGCCAAACACUCUAGAUACCUUCAACCCUCGGCUCGACCAAUCUCCCUCUCACAGCGCUCCGCUUCCUCCUCGUCCACUCCUCUCCCAACUGCCCCCACGUCUGCGCCUUUCGACCCUCACGCUCAAGCAAGAGAGAAGGGCAUGCGAUUCGCACUUGUUCAUCUGCUUGCCAUCAGACCCUUGUCCGAGAAAGACAUUCACCAUAAGACUCACAUACCCAAGACUCAACUUUCAUCACUCCUGCCCAAGAUUGCCGACAAGCAAGCUCUCACCUGGGAACUUUCCAGCAAAGCAUACAAAGAACUCGACCCCUGGUCGUUCGGAUACACUGCCACCGAACGGAAUCUCGCCAUCGACCAUGCCAUCAAAGCCUUCGACAGAGCCAGACUACCAAAGGACGACAAGUCCUGGCAGGUUCUAUUGCCCAAGGAAGAACGCAACAAAGGGAAGAUUCUCUCGCGCCUUCAUCUAAUGGCUGAUAAGUUGGACCAAGCUGAAACACCCGGCCUGAUCUCUACUCCGGUCCACACAAGUGCAGCUGUCACUCCAAAACUGGGAAGUACUGGAACGCCUCGUGGUGGAAGCGGUACCACUGCAACUGGAAGAUCCGGCGCUGGCAUUUCUAUUGAGAAGCGGUUGAAGGAGAUCAAAAAGAAGGGCGCAAUGGAGAAGAAGAAGCAAGAGAAAGAGGCAAAGGACGCCGCUGCUGCUGUGAGCGACCGUGAGAGCAAGCCGAGAAAUGUGACUGCCAAAAGAGUGCUACCUCCCAAGAAGAUCGCCUCAAAGAUCAAAUCCGAUGAGCUUGUACACAGCUCGGAUGAUGAAGAAGAGGGCGAGGUCAAAGAGGAUGCAGCCCCAAAGAAGAGCGACAAUACUAGGAAGGAGCCCACCAAGCCACUUUCCAAAGCACGACCUGCAGUAACAGACAGACGAAGCUCUUCGUCGAGUGAAACCACAGUGCCACUCAAGGAUAGCAAGGCAAAGCCGAAACCAUCGACCUCUGAUAAAUUCGCUACGGGUAGUGUCACAAGAAAGGAUAGCGCAAUUACCAAGGCCAAGACGAAUGCUCCGUCCGUUCCUAAGGUCCACGGCCUCCCAAAGAAACCUGAAAGCGUGGCAGCUUCAGUUUCCACCACAAGAUCCAAGGACAGCUCGGCCCAGAGAACGACCAAAGCUGUGGCUAUUCAAAGACCCAACAUCAGCCCACGAAGACUAACUGACACGAAGCCCAAGGUGCCCUCACCUUUGGGCACGAGCCCCCCGCGCAAUGCUUCUGACGCUGAGAAGUCGAUUAAGCACCCGGCUAGAUCAUCAACGACCACAAUCGCUACGAAGCCGGUCAGACCCACACCCACUACCAAAGUCUCAGAGCCCUUGAGCUUCUUCGGCGGUGUCAAGACUGGCUCGCAAUCCAAAAUCGUCACGAAGAAACGCCCUCUUGAGUCGGAUACCGAGGCUGUUGAACCAGCAAGAAAGGUGGUCAAGUCUAUUACUUCGACGCCUGCCAAAGCUUCGUCCAUUGGACCAUCCAAACUUUCUACGGUGAAGAACAAAGCAGCGAACAACGUCACACCUGCUUCUCUCGCUACUAGCACAGACAAGUCUUUGAAGCGCAAAGCUAACGACCUCUCCUCUGGUCUACACGACCAUGCUGCUCCCUCUUCGUCCAAACACCGCAAGACCGACUCAGGAAGCACGCACUCACUCACAGCUACGAGUUCAUCAGUCGCUUCUCUUACCACAGCACCUACUGUCUCGCCUCAUUCGUCUCCUAUGGGUUCUGACUUUUCAGACGACAAUCUCGCGGGCAUCCUGAACGAUGGUUACGAAGGCGGUCCGCUCACAUGGGAACAGACUCGCGCAGCAGCCGAGACCUUCAGAAGCAAACUGUACCCUGAGUACCUCGAGCUUUACCACCGUAUUGCGCAGACGCCCAGCGAGAAGGUUGCGAAGGAGGACACAGUGCGCUUGUGGCAGCUCCACAAUCGUCUCGAGGCAGUCAAGCAUCGUAUCGAAGUUGCUUGUCGCGAUGGCGACAAUGCUUAAGUCUAGGAAGAACUCGUCACUUUUCACAUUUGCAUUUAUGGGGGGGCAUAGGAGUUCCGGGGAGCGGUCAUCGUCGACCUAAACACUUGGACGGACAAGGACAGCGACGCAUCUGCAUGAUUUCACUAAAAGGGACAUUUUUUUCUUAGCGCAGAUCUCAUUACGAACACGAUAUGGUCUUACUUCCAAGAGGUGCUAUCAUUGCAUAAAGACACAGAACUGAUGACUUAUUUGACCUGAAC